AUGGGGGAGGUUGACACUAUGAGGACACCUCCGCGUCCAUCGCCGGCCGAGGCCCCUUCGCCCGUUGCCGCUCCCCUCUCCCAUCACCGGGACUCUUCCCAAUCCACUUCUAGUUUUGUUCAGAGCGAAGAUAAUGUCUAUGCCGUCGAAGGAAAUGUGGACCUAACUGAUAACGUCCGGAAGGCUAACCCAGGUUGUUCUCAAUCUCCCCUUGGACAGACCUCAAGCGUGUACCAGUUCCCGCCACCCACCCAGAAAGAGACUUUGGGUCCUUGGCUAGGACCGGAGGAGGACCACGCGCCAAAUUUGCCAACCCUCAAAGACCUGCGCAGGCAGAUGGAAGAGCUGCUUUUCUACCAACAGAUGCAACAUUCCCAGAAGCAAUCCUCCUCCGUUACUCAAGAGUCCCUUCCGUCGCAAGAUUCCAUACCUUUCAGCCCCCAUGAGUGCACGCGGAAACGACGCAUUUCCAAUGUAUUAUCCCCCCAAGUCGCGCUCACGUCCACCGGAGCGCCUGAUUCUGCUGGCUCUAGUGCUACCAUUAGGUGUUUGAACUCGCAGACAACCCCUGACAAUAUUGCCGAACGAACCCCGUCAUACCCGUUCCCUGAAAUGCCCGCGCAGUCAUCCAUGAAACCAAAAUUCUUCCCUCCGAUCGACAAUGGCUCCUUCAAGCUGACCCUCCCCACGGAAAAGCUGAAAGGUCACGUAGCACCGUCCAAGGUUGCGGGGGGAUUAACCGCUUCCACCCUCCCCAUUGCCUCCAAUCCUGCGUUUCUACCCCCAGACUGCAAGCCAGUAGCCGAAGAUCCUGCCUACCCAAGCCCCAACCUCUACGAACUCACCCUGCGAUUAAAUGCAGACCCCGGUCUCGAUUCCUGGUGGGAUAAUGUGGUUCGUAUUCUUCGGAAGCAUUACGGAGCUGAGAGGGCCUCCCUGGCUGUGCCUGGUGACUCGACAGAUCUUGAGAACGUUCCAUGGGGGCAAAAGGCGGUUUUCAACGAUAGUAUCCUGGCGAAUCCACCGUCGCGUCCUUCACCAAUCGAGUUGGCUACAACUGGCAACAAGGUACACUCUCAGACGGAAAAGCCGAAACCAAAGUCUUCCCCAGCGAAUUUGGUGAAUGGAGUUGCGGCAUCAGCCCCUUGUGUGCGGCCACCCCUAUUAGCACGACAUUCAUUCGCUGGGUUUGGCAAGGAGCGCAAGAAGUCUACUUGGAAUGAUGCAGACGUAGUGCAGGGCUCAAAGAUUCCAGCAAAUCCGGAGAACCCACGAGUACAGACCCCGAUCGAACCGCCCAUGAUUGCAGAAACAGACCCCUCUUGGGACCCUUUGAUUUCGUCCCAGUUUGGCCAUCGACAAGCCGUCUUUCCCACACCUAGGGCCUUGGAAGUUGAGGCAGAUCCACUAAUCAAGAGAACCGGGGUUGUGAAGCUUUUUGGGCGAACGAAACCCGUGAUUCUUACCCGGGAAUAUUCACAGUCAUUGGCAUCCAAACAAUCCCACCCGGAGCCCGUUCAGACACCCGAAGACAAAGUUCAGGUGACUCCAAUCACUGAGCCUUGUCACAAACCAGCCCAAAGAGCAGUGCUCAAUGCCCGAUCCAGGUCUAUCUCCAAUCCUGCCGUUCCGAACAUCCUUGCGGAAAGGAUUCCUUCCAUGGAAUUUUUCGAUGAGUAUGAACAAGUGCCUCCUUCGCCGUGGUCACAGUCCCCAGCUCCUUCUCCAGCACCUCGCGCCCAUGCCGAUCAAAAUCCCUUCUUUACCAGCCACGCAGUUGACGAGAGCGCCUUCUCAAAACACCCCCCGGUACACGAUUACUCCAACCUACACCCCUUGGAGGCUAUUGGCGUGGACUUGGCAAAGUCUGUAGUCCAUAUUCCUCUCCUACACUCCGGGCCCUCUCCACAGUCUGCCUCUUCCCCAUUACGAUUCCCUGUCGCAAUCAUCUCCAUAUUAUCCCCAAUCAUCCCAUAUCCCUCAAAUUUGAGGCAAUCUCUAGCCUACCUCAUGCCUCAUCUUACGACCUCAUUUCGUUUGGCGCAACAAUAUAGUCAACUCGAACGACAAUUUGCCUCUCGGCUCGAGGCCCCGCGUUUUGGAAACCUCUUGGGGCUGGGAGGAACGUUUUCUGACGAGAGUAGUGAAUUGGAACUUGUGGCCGGUCUCAGUGGCCACGUCAGUUACACAAUCGCAGAAGAUGGGUCUUUGUCGACCAGAGCUAGUCUAUCUAGCCCCGAUGAGAAGACAAAUCCGAUUAGAUUUAGUCCCACCGUGUCUGCCUUUGGAACACCGGCUCUUGACCUGACAUCUGCUGGCGCAGGAGGUGCCACUUACUUGGAAUCCCCUGGGUCGUCUGCGAGACCCGGUAAUGAGUCUGUGGACAGUUAUUUCAAUGUCCCACAGCCAAAAGGCUUCCGUGAAGCUCUCACACAGCAUAGGAACCGAUUAUCCAAGGUUAAGCAAACUAUUGCGUCCCCUUCGCCUUCAUCGCCCGGGAAAGGAUGGACGAGGCCUCUAGAGGAAGAGACUGCCACACCAGAUCUAGGCGCAACGGUUGCCUCUCCCGCUACCGAAUCGAGGCCCCAACCCGUAAUAUCGCCAACGCACGCUUCCUCGCGCCAUCCAUCGACUAAUUCCUUCUACGCGCAACUCCAGCGCGAGCUUCCUCGCCCGUUUACCGAUACUGUGGCCCAACUUAUGUUGAACUCGGUCCCUCUACACCUCUUUCUUGCGAAGCCGCAAAGCGGAGAAGUUGUAUGGACAAACUCCAAGUUUGACGCUUAUCGGAGAAGUCAACCUCAGGAGCAGAGGCUCCGGGACCCUUGGCAAAACAUCCACAGUAGCGAACGUGACCAUGUGGCGGAAGAAUGGGCGAAUGCGCUACGUACAGGCUCGCAAUUCACUGACCGGGUGCGCGUUAGACGGUUUAAUGAUGAGUCGGCAUAUCGUUGGUUCAUCUUUCGCGCCAACCCCUUGCUCUCUUCUACUGGAGAGGUGCUGUAUUGGAUCGGCUCCUUCCUUGAUAUCCACGAGCAACAUAUUGCUGAACUGAAGGCUGCUCAGGAAAGGGAAAAGUUCGCAACUGAUGCCAAGUACCGGGCCUUUUCCAACUCCGUCCCCCAAGUAGUAUUCGAAGCAACUGAGUACAGGGGUCUCAUUUUCGUGAAUGAACAGUGGCAUCUUUACACCGGCCAGAAUCUGGAGGAGUCUCUCAAUUUUGGGUUUGCGAAACACGUCCAUCAUGAUGACCUGGAAAAAUGUGGCUUACUAUCACUUUAUCUUGCGGAGUCUCAAAAAGGAGCCGCAACUGCACCGUUCUCGGAGAUCACACCCGAGCCAAAGCCUAAGGCAUCCCCUCAGGAGAAACAUUUCAACUAUGGUGUUACGCCCGCUCUGGACGAACUUGUUAGGCGGGGCGUUGCUUCUGUGCAGCAAGAUGAAAACGGACGUGUUUUCUACUCGACCGAGAUUCGACUUCGCUCCAAGGGUGGCGAUUUCCGAUGGCAUCUGGUUCGCUUGGCCCGAGUGGAGAUUAGCAGUUUCGGGAGCGGGGAGGCGUCGUGGUACGGCACAUGCACUGACAUCAACGAUCGUAAGAACCUGGAACGAGAGCUUAAUAAAGCGAUGCAACAGCUCAACAGCCAAAUGGAAUCGAAGACCAAAUUCUUCAGCAACAUGUCGCAUGAAAUUCGGACUCCCCUCAAUGGAAUCCUGGGCACCAUCCCGUUCAUUCUCGAUACGCAGUUAGAUACCGAUCAACGGCGAAUGCUUGAUACCAUUCAAAACAGCUCCACCAAUCUCCGUGAACUGGUGGAUAACAUCCUCGAUGUGUCGAGGGUUGAAGCCGGGAAAAUGUCAUUAGUCAACUCCUGGUUCCACGUGCGAUCAGUGAUUGAAGAUGUCAUUGAUACUGUAUCCUCCAGAGCCAUUGAUAAGGGUCUCGAAAUGAACUAUCUAAUGGAUGUGGAUGUUCCACAGAUGGUGAUCGGUGACAGGUUCCGUAUACGACAAGUCCUGAUCAACCUUAUUGGUAAUGCAGUCAAGUUCACUGCUCAGGGAGAGAUCCACAUACACUGUUCUAUCCACCACGUUGCGUCGCCUCUUCCUAAACCGACUGAGUUGUUGUUGAACUUUGACGUUGUUGAUACAGGAAAGGGCUUUAGCACGAGGGAUGCCAACCGUUUAAUGCAGCGGUUCAGUCAACUCGGACAGAAUGCUUCCCAGCAAAAUGCAGGAAGUGGGCUUGGACUGUUCCUCUCCAAGCAGCUUGUCGAGAUGCAUGGGGGCAAGUUAACACCUAGUAGCAAAGAAGGCCAGGGCGCCAAAUUCUCAUUUUAUGUCAAAAUUGACGCCCCCCCACCACCUUCCCCCGACGAACCUCAACCUGUUCAGGAGGCCCACGGGCUGCUCUCCAAAGCCACGUCGCUUCAAAAACUUCUUUUCGCAUCCAAGGACUCUCCUGAUCAUAAGACUUCAGAAGUUGCUGAUAUUUCAGUUGCUCUCGAAUCUCCUCCCCUUUCGCCACCUCCAAGUAGCUCUGACCUGUCGGCUCGCUUUGCCUCGAGUGAUCUCUUUGAACCGCCAUCCGAAUCAUCCGCUUUACCAACCCCUAAUCUUCUUAAUGUUGAUCCUCUGGCUAAGAUCGACGCUUCCAAACCGGUAUCCGACCCGCUCGAUGCGUCUAUCCCUCCCGUUACAAGCACCGCCACUGGGACAGAAGUGGGUUCAGGAUCACAGCCGUAUGACUCCUAUUCAAUCCUUCUCCUUUGCCCUAUGGACAAUACGCGUAAUGCGAUCACGCAGCAUGUCGAGCAGGUGGUCCCUCAUGAGAUUCUAUUUUCCAUCACGUCGCUCCCUGAUGUUGAAGAUUGGAAAGAUUCAAUGCAUGGUGAUUCAACCUCCAACACUACUCACCUAGUUCUCAACUUACCCGUCGUCGACGAUGUCUUGGAGGUGGUCAACUAUAUCGCCGAUUGCGAGCCAGACAAAGCACCAGUUCUUGUCAUUAUUUCUGACCUUUACCAGAAGAGACAGAUAAGCUCAAAAAUCAAGGAGCUCUCUUCUAGCGGAAAGCGCGUCUACACUGUCCCUAAGCCGGUCAAGCCCUCUGCUUUCUCGCCCAUUUUCGAUCCGAACAAUCGGCGAGACCUCAGCAAAGAUAGAAACCAAGAUAUGGCCCGUGAGAUCAAUAAUAAUUUCAAGACCAUGUCUAAGAUGGUGAAGGAGGUCAUUGGGAACAAAGGAUACCGGGUCUUGCUCGUCGAGGAUGAUGAAACCAAUCGGAUGGUGAUGUUGAAAUAUCUCGAUAAGAUCAAGGUGAUGGCUGAAACCGCAGCAAAUGGCCAGGAAUGCACAGAAAUGGUGUUUUCUAAGGAACCGGGUUACUACUCCUUGAUUAUCUGCGAUAUUCAAAUGCCUGUCAAGAAUGGCUACGAAACUUGCCGUGAGAUUCGUCUAUGGGAACUUAAAAACCACUACCCUCAAAUACCAAUUAUGGCUCUCUCUGCAAAUGCGAUGUCCGACCAGAUCGAAGACGCUGCACGGGCCGGUUUCAACGACUAUGUCACCAAACCUAUCAAACAUAAUGAACUCGGGAAGAUGAUGAUGGGCCUUCUCGACCCCAGCCGGCCUUUACUCCUACUUCGAGAUCGUCUAAAGGCCGAAAACAAGGACACUCGCAGAGAGGAUUAA